GUGAAGUGAGCGUAUCUUUUCAUUACUUUACGGUGUAAGUCAGCUCACUGCCCAGCAGCACGUCUGAUCUGCUGGAGAGGGAGGGAUGUGUGAAGAUGAGCAGAGAGGCAGGACAGUCAGCAGCAGCAGUCCUUCAGGAACACCAGUCUGAGAAACACCAUUUCAAUUUUACUCAGGUAACUUCCUCGUGAGAAUCAAUGAUCCAGUACAACUGCUCGUCUCCAGACUCGCUGUACGCUGCUGUGAAUGCGUCAUGGUGCUCCACCAGAGAGGACGAGUGUCACAACAGAACAGCGAGCCAGUCAGACCUCUGUCUGAGCCGCAGCGCUUACCUGGAGAAGUACCUGGGCCCUUGCCGUUCACCCUUCUUCCUGCCCACGUGCAUCACCUACCUGCUCAUCUUUGUAGUCGGCGUGCUGGGCAACAGCCUGACUUGUAUAGUCAUCGCCCGUCACCGCGUGAUGCGCACAACCACAAACUACUACCUGUUCAGCUUGGCCAUUUCUGACCUCCUCGUGCUGCUGCUGGGUCUCCCGCUGGAGCUUUAUGAACUGUGGAGCAACUAUCCCUUUCUGUUUGGCGUCACUGGCUGCUACUUCAAAACCUGCCUGUUCGAGACGGUCUGCUUUGCGUCUGUGCUCAACGUGACCGCCUUGAGCGUCGAGCGCUACAGAGCCGUGGUGCAUCCUCUGCAGGCCAAACACGUGGCGACGCACGCUCAUGCCAAGCGCGUUAUCCUCGUGCUCUGGGCCAUCUCGCUGUUGUGUGCCUUGCCCAAUACCAGUCUGCAUGGUGUGGAGACGUUUAAGCCCCGUUUUGGACUCACUUUCCCCGAUUCGGGUGUGUGUACGGUGGUGCACGAGAGGUGGAUCUACAAUUUGCUGGUGCAGGUGACGUCGCUGCUCUUCUUCAUCCUGCCAAUGCUGACCAUCACUGUGCUGUAUGUGCUGAUCGGCCUGCAGCUGCAUCGAGAACGGGACUGUUUUGAUUCAAAGAUCGGGCUCAAUCAGGAUGGGGUAAAUCAGAGGGCACGUCAUCGGCAAGUCACAAAAAUGCUCUGUGCAUUGGUGAUUGUGUUUGGGAUCUGCUGGGCCCCGUUUCACAUCGAUCGUGUCAUGUGGAGCUACAUUGAUGACUGGACUGCAGAGAACCACCAUGUCUUUGAGUAUGUGCAUCUUCUUUCUGGUGUCUUCUUCUACUUGAGCUCAGUGGUCAACCCCAUCCUGUAUAACCUCAUGUCUUCACGCUUCAGAGAAAUGUUCCGUGAGGUGGUGUGUCAAAAAAAACAUCGUCAGCUCUCAAUAAUGUAAAUAGUUCCAUGAGAAGCCCAAGCAUCAAGUUUUACGUGUCACCAAGCAACACACAGACUGAAAACCGGACUGGAACAACGUAUGUGAGUGGAGCAGAGCUCAGCAACUUCUGUUCUGUAGGAAUGCAGUUAUCACAGUGAAUCUGAAAUAUUCUAAAUAUGUUCUAUAUGAAUGAAUGUUGAGAGCUAUAGUCAUGUCAUGUUGAUUCUGCAGAUGUUUGUAUGCUGAUGACAGAUCUGUCAAACUCCAGUUUAUUGGUCUCCUCCACCUGUUUACUUCUCUGUUUACUUAUCUUCAUCUGUCUGCUUCUUUCAUACACGACGCAGAGCAAUACAUCACCUGUCAGAUCCAAGAUUAUAAAAAGUGCUUGCAUUUCACUGAUUAUGUCAGGGGACAUUGCUAAGUAAUGUAUAUAUUUAUACAUUGUUCUAAGUUAUGUAAAUAUUCCUAAUAGCCAGAUCUGGAGGACAAGUAUCUUCUGUUGUUACUCAUGUCCUUGUUUUUAAAUGCUUUUUCAAUUAUUAUAUAAAUUCAUUUGUAUUCCUACAUAACAUCAUGUUUAUUUCAAUGCUUUUUAUUUCUUCAUGCUUGGAAAUCUAAUCAUUUUAGAUUAACGUUGAACACUUUCAAUGAAAUAUGCAUCCUUAUGUCAAAUGCAUUAGCUAUCCAUUAAAAUGAACAGAAAAAUCUGAUGAAUUGUUAUUGUCACACUUGUAUCUGUUAUGAUUAAUAUGUGUGAAAACACUUCAAAAGAACUGCACUAAUUUUUAUAACCUGCUAUGAAAUAUACAAUUAAAUAUCACCAUUUCAUUCCACCAGUUA